CGAUGUCAGUCAUUGAAACUUUUGAUUGAAGAUGACUUGAUCGAUUUAAUCAUGGAACUGUCGACUGUCGACAGUUACAACAUUUCAGGGACACUCUGCCCUGCACCAGCUUGUUCUGGAACGCGAUCCUCUGACGUGAUCGUUGAUGAAAUGGCUGGUAUGGCAACAAAUUAUAGCAAAAAACUAGGUGAAGCAUCGAAAAUUUUCCGACUUCCUUGCAAAUGUGAGGCUCGCCGCGGAGCUUUCGCAUGUGUGAAUGUAGCACGAAUGCAUCUUAUCAAUUGUCGUCAUCGCUUUUGUUACGAUUGUCUAUCUGAAAAAAUUGACUGCGAUGUGUACCACCGUAAGCUCGUCACUAUUAUUCAAGUUUGCAUGACAAUUAUUAAAGUUACAAAACAAAGUGUUACUUUCGUUCAAGCAUGGAUGAAUUGA